AUGUGUGAAAUCAAAGACAUCAUCAAUCUUAAAGGUAAGAAGGCACAAUUUGUAGCAUGGUGGCGUAGUCAAUUAUAUUAUAUCAAAUUUUUAUCACACGAAGUCAAAUUAGAAAUAACAAGGUCAUAUAAACCAUCACCUUCCUCAUACAACCCUAAUAUACUUACAAAUUCACAAAAUAUUGACACUAACCAACCUCCGAGUCCAACCGAAUUAUCUUACGAUAACAAUCAUCUUGAUGCAAUUUCAAAGGCAAAAAAUACUAUCGCAUUUUUUAAAGCACUUGGCGGGGGAUAUUUUCGCAAUGUAGAUCCAAGUUAUUUCGUCGUAAUAUCGGGUGGUCGAUUAAUUGGUUUUUAUGAAAAUGAGACAGAAGCUCGUAAAGAAGCUGCUGCCGUUAUUAAUGGGGACGGAAUGAUUUUCCCGAUUUCUGGAAAUUUUAAAUCCAAUCAACGCAAAUAA